AUGUCGUCGAACUAUGAUGAAUUAUGGUUAAAAACGGUCAAUGAAGGUAUUGAAGAUCGUGUUGAAGUCAAUCAACGCAUGUUAAUCGAUAAAAUGUUAGCUCGUUAUUCAUCUGAUUUCGUUGUGUACCGUGAAUUAAUUCAAAAUUCUGAUGAUGCUCAAUCUACAUCAUUCACACUUGAAAUAACCUGUGAUCCGACAAGUGCUACUGAAUCGUAUGAAUCUCCUGAUAAAGAUGAUUCAUCCAAUUACUUACUGGGAGGUGUUGGACAAUUCCUUAAAGCUCCAUGGGCUUGGACUGCAACUAAAGAGAAAACCGAUGAUUCUUUUACCGAUAUUUCACCUCCGACAACUGCUAAACCGCCGGAGAACGAUUUUCACAAUUGUUUGAUAACAGAAAUUCGUACCAUCAACAAUGGGAAUGUUUUCACCGAGGACGAUUGGAAACGCGUGAUCACGAUCGCUGAAGGUAAUACAAACGUAGACGCAAUUGGUCAAUUCGGUGUCGGAUUCUUUUCCGUCUUUUCGUAUUCCGAACGACCGAUGAUACAAUCGGGUAAACAUCGUUUAGCUUUCGUUUGGCAAAAUGGCAAAUCGUUGACAACUUUUAGAAAAGAAUUAUCUUCCGAAGAGCAAUCCGCAUCCACAUCGGUCAUACUCAGUAUGAAAAAUAAAUAUAUUCUACAAACGAAAGCGUCCAUAACAGAGAAUUCGAAUACAAAUAGCAACACUCGUAAGAAGGGGAAGAGAGGUAGGAAUCGAGCAGCAAAAUCCACGACGAAUACUGCAACCAAUGAAAUUGUUCCAACCAUGGAUUUACCACAACUAAAAGCGUAUUUUACCAAAGUUCUCGCCUUUACGAAGCACAUCAAUGAAUUAAUUAUCAAAAUCAAUGGUCUCGUCGUUUUUCAAGUCAACAAGACAGCGAAAAUAUCACAAUCAACAAAACUCUCUUCAGUUACGAAGCGAAUGAAUACCAAUAAUGAAAACAAUCUUCUUCGUUUUAAAUCAUUUGUUCAAACUGAGCAAACAUUCACCAUCCAGCAUGGUCCAUCGAUUACACUCAAUCAUAUUGAUGUCGAAGCACAAGUCAUUGGCGAGAAAGAGUUUCAUCAGCAAAUUGAACGAGUUCUCAAGAAGAGUUUACCAAAGACGAUACACAUUGAAUUUCUAUUCCCAUCGAAUAACAUAUUUCAAGAAAAACAAUGGCAAAUCCUGGCCAAUGACGAUCCGAAUACUUUUCUAUUGAAAGGUUUGAUUCCGUUGAAAUUGAUCAAUGGACAAAUCAAUCCUGCAGGACAGAUUUUCAUUGGCCUGGCCACACACCAAACGACAGGAAUCGGUAUGCAUGUCUUCAGUCAUUUAAUUCCAACGAUCGAACGAGAAAAUAUCGACUUACAAGACCCGUAUAUCUCUAUUUGGAACGAUCAAUUGCUGAUUUCUAUCGGACAAAUAGUUCGAUUUAUUUACGAUCAAACAAUGGCUGAUGCGGUCGAACAAGCCACCGAUCAGACACAUGAUCAUUUCAACGCUAUCCUAUCUCCGUAUGCUUUUCAAGAGUCAUCUCCGAAUAAAGAAAUUGGCCGUAUUUUGGUUGAUGGAUUCUUCUCGUCAGAUAAAGACAUUCUCGUUCCUGUGCGACGUUCUCCAACAGAUACUCAUCUUGUUCUUGUUCCAUCGACAGAAGCGUUUUUGACUAAGUCAAAACAUAUCGAGAAGUUUUUAUCCAUACCGAUAGUGCCCUAUGAAAUAGGCAAACAUGAUUUUUUCAAGAUCUUGAAACAGCGUCAAUGGAUUGAAGAAAUUGACAACGACACGAUCACAAAAAAAAUUCAAGAAACGAUUCUUUUAGUCGACGAAUUUAUUGGUCUACUCCGUUGGUUGUGCACCAAUGAUAUUUACAACAAAUCGUUUAUCAAAGAAAUCCUCUCGAAAAUACGUUUUCGUCACACACGUCAAUCACCGAUUAUCAAACUGACUAAAAUCCAGUACUUUGAUACAUUCAAUCUUCCCUCGCUUCCACUUCCAUCCGAUGUGUUACCUUCAGAUGUUGUUUCUCAUCUGGCUCGAGACGACCUACAAAGACGUUUAUCACUAAGUCCAGUUUCGAUUAAGCAUCUCGUAGAAUUCUACCUUGCCGACAGUCAACAUCAUCUGUUCUUGCAAGACAAUACAUCCAAGGUUCUUCUCAGCUUUAUUUCUCACCAUUGGAAUAAAUUUAGUGAGACUGAGUCGACUCGCAUCAAAACAACAUUAUCGAACAUCAAAUGUAUUCCAACUACUCAAGGUAUGAAAUCACCGAAUGAAUCGUAUAUUCCAUCGGCAAGCCUGUCAUCUAAUCUUCCUAUGAUUACACUUUACAUACCACAAAUUGUAUCGAAUAAGAAUGAAACUGAGUCGAAGGAUCAUCCUGUUUCCAUUGAACUUGUGAAAUCUAUCGGAUGUCGAACGAUUCAUAUUCCAACAUUAUCAAACAAUGCUCAACAUACUUCCAACGAUAGUUUCACAUCGGAUGAUUCACAAACUGUACAAGCGUUCGUUCAGUAUCUGGUGCAACAACGAAAAAAUCUCAGCGAGAAUGAUCUGCGAGCAUUGAAACACAAUCAUUGUAUUACAGGAACCACAUUAGAAUCCAAUGGUGAAUUGAAACGUAGAUAUAUUCCAAGUGAACUUCAUUUUCCGUAUGUUGCCCAAUGUCUUCAAUGGAAAAAUUUGCUCAUUGUCGAUUGGCCAGAUAUUGAACCACGUUCCGGAGAAUAUGCGUUUCUUAAAGAAUUGGGCGUCAGAGAAGUACCCGAUCUACACAAACUGCUAGCUCAUAUUGAUCAAGAACAUCACAAAGGAUUGAAGAGUAGAGAUGAAUAUAAACUACCCAACGCACUUGUUUUCUUUGCGGAGAAUUUUCAACAGUAUUAUUCGAAAAUAUGGAGAAGUGCUAACAACAAAGUUGCUUUUCUUCCAUCAUCUCCUCCCGAUCUCGAUGCUUCCACCGAUGUGAUCUUAACAACACCGGAUGUUGUUUUCAAAGAAUCUGGCCCGUUGUGUCCCUCUCUUCUUCCAGAAGUGCUUCGGUGUUUUCAACAUCAUUUUGACAUAGGUUUACUCGGUGUGAAGUAUCGUCCUUCUUUACCGGUUGCCUUCGAUGUUCUGAUGGGAAAGCGAAAUCAAUUAUUAACAGAUGAAACGGCGCCGAAGUAUUUUUCUUAUCUAAAUAAACUGGACGGUCUCAAUCGACUAUUUAUUGAAAAAGUGUCGACCAUAGCUUUCAUUCCCCUACCAGGAACCAAGACUUAUGUCAAACCAUCUCAAGUCUUCAUCCGUUCUCGUGAUUCAACGAGCAGUAGUGCAUCAGCAGGCACACAUGUCAAUAUAAUCGAUGAUAUCGCCACGCAUGGCCUAAUCGACUAUGUAGAUUAUGGUUAUGAAGCCAAUUCGUUUCUGCUCGGCAUCGGUGUGGUUUCAUAUCCCUCAGCAGAAGUUUUAGCUGAACUAUUAAUUGAACGGCAAGCAGGUUACUUUAGUCCCAGUGCACAAAAUAGCAAUGAUGUUCUCGCUGGGAAACUACGCGUCUACAUCAAUUGCUUAAAACAACUCGCGGCAGUAUCACACGUUGCACGGAAAUUCACAGUGGACCCACUACGAAGUCGUUUGAUCAACAAACCUUGGUGUUUAGGUUAUCAAAUUAUCGACCGACCGGAUGGAAGUAAAGAUCGAAUAUUUAAAAUAGCCAAACCUGGUGACAUCUAUUUGGAUGAUGAUCAUCAAUCCGCUAUUGAUUUGCGACCAUUGUGCGCGCCGGAUGAACCUGAAUUAACGAAAUUGUAUGAACAGUUUGGGGCAAAUUGGAUUUCCGAAUCAGUGAAGAGAACUUUAGUGCAUCGCGGCAAAUUCUUCGGUACAGAUAGAAGCAAAAAACUGUACGAUUUAAUUCAUCAUCGUUUAGAUAUGUUAUUUGUGAAUAACAGGGGCGAACAAAUGGAGGAUAUCGAUGCGAAGCGCAUUGAAUUAUUACGAACAAAACUCCAUGUGUAUGAAUCGGAAGGCAUUCAAUGUCAGUUAACUUUCGACAAUCGGACGACUACAUUGAAUUCGACAGAAUGUAGUACUUGCGCAUUGGAGCAUGAUAAAAACAAAGUGACUUUGUAUAUACAGAAAGAUAUUCCUGUUUUGGAUUAUAUCGACAUUGCUACAGAACUGACAAGAUAUGUUUAUAAGAAACCGUUGGAUGCGUUAGUGCAUUCGAUUAGUGAUAAAUUGGCAUCUUCGUUAGAAACGCUCAAACGUCGUGGUAUUCCAGUGGAUCGUCUGUUGAAAACUCAAGAACAGCAACCUUUUAAACUUUCUUUAAAUGUUGACCAAAGCACAUUAGAAGAGAAGGUCUCGGCACGAGCAUCAACUACUCCGAACGUGUCCACCAGAGAACAAAAACCAUCGGAGACAUCGUCCGAACAUCAUCACCAUAAACAAGUACAGCCUGAAGAUGAUACUCAAUCAUCACGCAGCUUUCUUCAAAGUUUGAAAAGUUAUUUCGUUCCCCCUUCAACGGAGCCAACAAAUUCACAAGAGAAUCGCACUAGUCGAGUCGAACGCGACCGUGUUGCACAUUUCGGACGAUAUAAAUUUGACGACGAUACUGACAUCAACAAAAUGAUUCGAACCAGUAGUUCAUACAGUCAAAGAACUUACAACCAACCGGAAUUUUCCCGCAAUGAAGUCAAUAACUCAUGCGAAUUUAUUCCCUCGACAAAUAUGAUUCGUCAUGAACAUCUUUUCCACGGCAUUGCACUUUAUCUUGAUGUUGAUGUGAUACUAACUGAUCUAAUGCUUGAACAAAGUAAACACCUGUCCUACCUGCUUUCCAAUCUUGCCAAACAAGUAUUUCGCAUUCCGGUGGAGACGGUGCAUCUAUUCCGAGAUAUUGAUAGUGCUCGAAUUGCUUUUAACAGCGAUGGUGCAUUAUUCUUCAAUCUUCGUUAUUUCGAACAAGUCUUUUGGGAUGACUUGAAAACAGUCUUACCUUCUGCAUCAUCGUCGUCUACGAUAGUUCGUACUAUAGUGAAUUUCUAUUUUAUGGUCACAUGUCAUGAACUAUCGCAUAACAUUGAUUCUAAUCAUGAUUUGAAUUUUAUCAAUCGGUUGGAGAGAGUUUCCGUACGAUUUAUGGAUGCCAAAGAAACGUUUGCUUCCAAGUUUUCAUUCCAGUAA